AUGUCUUAUAUGUUACAGCACUUACGCUCUGGUUGGGCAGUGGACCAGGCCAUAGUGACUGAGGAGGAAAGGGUAGUCGUAAGUUUUAUUAAAAUUUACUUACACAUUUUACAUUUUUAUUGUAUACGUUUUGGUCACGAUUACGACCCUGAAUGCAUAAAGAUGGAUGAAUUACUGUAUAAAAUAGCUGAAGAUGUUAAGAAUUUCUGUGUAAUUUAUCUUGUUGAUAUUACUGAAGUUCCAGAUUUUAAUGGAAUGUACGAGCUUUACGAUCCCGUUUCAGUGAUGUUUUUCUAUAGGUUUGAACUUAAUUAUAUUAAAUUAAUCCAUUUUCUAAGAUCUAACUAUUUUCAUUCUAGGAAUAAACACAUGAUGGUUGAUCUCGGCACUGGUAACAAUAAUAAGAUAAAUUGGGCCAUGAAUAACAAGCAGGAACUAAUAGAUAUCAUUGAGACUAUUUAUCGAGGUGCAAGGAGAGGUACAUUCUUUAAUCACUGUUUACUUUUCUUUUUUUCCUUCUAUUCCAUACACAAUAUAGGGCGGGGUUUGGUCAUUUCUCCCAAAGAUUAUUCCACCAAAUAUCGUUAUUAG